AUGGGCGGCGGCGGGCUGCGCAUUUUGCCGCACAAGAAGUGGCAUGUGUGGCGACGCGAUAACAUUGAGCGCGUACUGCGGGACGAGCGAGAGCAUGAAGAGAAGCAGCAGGCUCUGAAUGCGAAAGAGCGACGGUUAGAGCAAGAGCGACGUGCGCAGCAGCUUUUGUCGACCGAAGGGUCCGACUCCAAGCAGCACAUUAACUUCUUCCAGGCAGAGGAGGUGGAAGCAAACAGCAAAGUGGGCAACAAACACAACAAAAAUAACCGCAAAGAAGCGGAUGAUACGCUGAAAAGACACGGAAGACUGCCCUGGUACGCGCAGACUGAAGAUCUGGCGAAGAAAGAGCCGACUGCAAAACAGGAACGCAAGCGGAAAAGGGAGCUAAAUGAGGCAGAUCCAUUGCAUCACAUGCGUCCGAAAGCGCGUCCUUUGUUUGAUGUGGCAACCGAGAAAGGUAGUGAUCGCAGGAAGUAUUCGGGUCAAUAUGACCGCUCGUCAUCUCUUGAACGUGAAAAAAGACGACACGACAAGCAGUCAAAGCAACACAAAGCCAAGAAGAGCAAAAUCCACCACAAAUUCAGCAAAACUGAGGCUAUGAUGCAAAAACUUCGUCAUGAGCGAGAAGAAAGAGAAAGAUCUGAGCGAUGUCGAGCCGAGCGAUUCAUGUACGGAUAG